GCGAUGGGGGCGGGGAGCUGCGCCACCGGGGCCGCGGGCGGUCGCCCGGAGGCCCCCGAGCCCCGGGAAGCCAGCACCCGGGCCGCGGCGGGAGGAGGCACUGGCGGAGGAGCGGCCCCCAGGCUCUGCCCGAGGCCUCCGGGGGCCGCGCAGCAACUUCUCUUUGGAAGCCCUGGGGGCGCGCGCGCGCGCUCCCACGCGGGCACGCGCGUCCCCGGCGCCCCGCUCCCCCGCGCGCGCUCCGUCUAUUUUUUUCCCAUCGCUUUCAUUCUCACACUCUAAAGUAGGUCACCGGGUGGAAGUUACAGCCGGUACAGACCCCGGCUUUGAUGCGAAGGCAGAUUUUCCUCCCCGGCCUCGGGCGGGGGGGAUUCACUGCAACUAUUCGGUUCCGUAGAGCUGCCCGCCCCCAUACCUUGCAGCCAGCGCCGGCGACCGUGGCGUUGACGAUGGUCCGCAGAGCGGAGCGGCGGGAAGCCUCUUUUCCCCUAGUUCGGCCGGCCCUGCGCCUGCCCCUGCCCCGCGGACCGGGAGGAGGGGGCGCGACAGGUCGCCUCCCGCGCUCUCCGGCGCCCGCGUCCCGGGUCUGACCGCCUGGGUGAGUGCCUGCUCUUCCGCUGUCAUUACAGUCGCCGAGGGUAACAUGUUUACCUUGAAAACUUAGACGUGAUCCGAACAGCCAGCCGAGCCUGGCGUCAGUAAGGGACUGCGGUGAUGUGCUUCAGAUGUUACACCGGAUAAAUCAGAACCCAGAGCUGUAGGGGACAUGUAGUGUCUAAAGGCCCUGUAUUCCCUUCAAAGGCUCAUACAGAGUGGUUCGUUGUGUGAAGGGCCUCGCUAUUUGAUUCCACUCCUACUACUUUGCAUUUACAUUAUACAUUGAGAAAAUUAUGAACAACAACUAUCACUUCUGAGGGUGGAAACUGCCAUGAAUCACAAAGACAAGAAGUAAUUUUCUGUAAUCACAAGAUGACUCAGUUUCCCAGGGGAGAGAGAAUGAUUGUCCUAGGUUAGGUCAUGUGUCCACCCCUGUCCUACGUGACUGGUAGGCUCCAGCAUCACUCGAAGUCCAGAGAAGGUGCAGUUCCUCAAAGGAAGAGUGGGAUGGAUCAUGCAGCUGCCCAGCUGGAGAAGCAGCACGUGCACGAUGUGUAUGAGAGCACCGCUCCUUACUUCAGCGACUUGCAGAGCAAAGCCUGGCCUCGUGUCCGCCAGUUCCUCCAGGACCAGAAGCCUGGCAGCCUCAUCGCUGACAUAGGUUGUGGAACUGGAAAGUAUCUUAAAGUGAACAGCCAGGUACAUACCCUGGGCUGUGACUACUGUGCGCCAUUGGUAGAGAUUGCCCGGCGUAGAGGAUGUGAAGUCAUGGUAUGUGACAACCUUAAUCUCCCCUUUAGGGAUCAGGGCUUCGACGCCAUCAUCUCCAUAGGAGUCAUACAUCAUUUUUCUACAAAACAAAGAAGAAUCAGAGCAAUAAAGGAAAUGGCCAGGGUCUUAGUUCCUGGAGGCCAGCUGAUGAUUUAUGUUUGGGCCAUGGAACAAAAGAACCGGCACUUUGAGAAGCAAGACGUGCUUGUUCCAUGGAACAAAGCCUUGUGCUCCCAGCCCCUCUCGGAAUCCAGCCAGCCUGGGAGAAAGAAGCAGUGUGGGCAUCCAGAAAGAAGCCAUCCCUACCACCCUCCCUGCUCUGCGUGCCGCUGUCCCGUUUGUUUCCAGGGGCGCUGGGAUUCGAGGCGGUCCCAUAGCGUGGAUUGUGACUCUGCUCUGGCUGGCACCUGCUGUGCAAACAUUUCCAAGGAAGGCGAGGAAGAAAAUGGAUUCUAUAACACGCUGGGGAAGUCUUUUCGUUCCUGGUUUUCCUCUAGAUCUUUGGAUGAAUCAACUCUGAGGAAGCAAAUUGAAAAAAUGAGACCCUUGAAAAACACAGAAAGUUGGGCCAAUAGCACGAUAUCCACCCAGCCUUCAAGACACUCAAGUUUCGACUUAGAUCAUCCAGAGCCAUUUUCAACAGGAGAGCAAAAUUUAGAUGAGGAAGUGUUUGUGGAGACUUCUCAAAAACACCUGGAAUGGCUGAGAGCGCCCGCCACACACAAACACCUAAAUGGAGACCAUCCAAGAGGCGUGAGGAGAAAUGGAGAUGGGAAUUUUCUGGGUAGCACCAAUACCAAGGAGAAUUGUAUGGAUACAGGUAACUUAGAAGAGGGUACCCCUUCUGCUAGUAAAAUAUGGAGGAGGAUUUCUGCAGCUGAUUCCAAAGAUUCUAACCCAGGUGACACCAUUUCUGUCGAAGAACAACAGUCCAACAUUUUGGAUCCUGGUGCCUUUAUGCGCUAUUACCACGUGUUUCGAGAAGGCGAGCUCUAUGGCCUGCUGAAGGAGAGUGUGUCGGAGCUCCAUAUUCUGAGCUCUGGGAAUGAUCAUGGCAACUGGUGUAUCAUUGCAGAGAAGAAGGAAAGUUGUGAUUGACCGGAUCAUUUCAGACAUCUCCUCCAAAAGAUGAACCCCAUUCUUCUCACUGGGUUUGUGAUAUGGUUCCCUGAAGGGCCAUCCAAUUUCGUCAUUUGGUCUGUAUUUAAUCCAUUUAUAUUUUGGUCUAUAGAGACUAUGAAUUCAUCAUCUUUUUAGUCUAUAGACAAGCACAGUGCUUGGCAUCUGAAGCAUCUGACAAAAAGUAUUUGUGGUUAAAUGUUAAUAUAAGAGAUCUGAAGAAGCAAUAUAACAUGAACUUCAAUACAGCUGAAUUACUAUAACAAUACAUGUAUACUGUUUUUCAGUAUUAUAUAGUGAUUUCAAAAGAUUCUGCUUUUAAGUAUACCUUUUAAAAACAUCAUUUGUAUAUAGGAAGGGGUAAUUCCUACUUCUCUGGUUAUAAUUUAGAUCCGUGUGCAAGAUAAUAGGUAAACUCGUACCACUGCACAAAUGUAAAUUGAACCAUGUGAUAAAUUAUUUCAUUGCCAAGGCCUUGCUUCUAUUUAAAGUCUUCAGAAAGGUGAGAGACGGUGGAGAGAGACAAGAAGAGUUCUGAGAACUUUUCUAGAUGAUAAGCGAACUUGCUUCAAGAUAAGUAAAUAAUAAGGUUUUUGAUGUUGCUCAGAAGGCUUUAAAGGCACUGUCAGCAUGUAGAGAGUGGAGUAUGUGGGCACCGGGAAGUUGUUGCAAGUCACCCAGGUGGUAUUCUUCCAACCUUAUUAGAAGCAGGAAUAUCCAGUUACGGCAAGACUAAGAUUGACUAAUGAGUUUUCAUCUGGAAUGAUGCUUUACUUAUGCAUUGAAGGGAUACUUAGGAAAUGAGAAUCUGGUUGAAACAGUGCUUUUUAUUGGUUCUCAAAACAAACAGAUCAUUAAGGUACAAGAUAUUUGGACUUGGUGGAGGACUGAUUGUUGGAUCUUUAAAAAUAAUAUCUGGGCAUUUAUCUUAUUGAAAGGGACUACAUUUUAAUAGUUAUAUUAGGGAUUUAGGUAGAAUCAAGUCCUAUUAAUUAAAGGUUCAAUUUCUGCCACUUUAUAGACAAACGAAUAGCUGGGCACCGUCUGGUCACCACAUCUGUUUACAUUUAACCAUGGGUCUGUUUAAAUCCAUGUCGUGGAUCCUGAGACACACAUAUAAUUAGGAGAAGCAAAAGUAAGUUGACCCAAGAAUACAGUUUCAGGCCGUUCCUUAAUGAGGAGAGAAUCAACACUUGACAAAAGGCUUUUUACUGUAUGGACCACUGUAAACCCAGAGGAAACCCAAUUCUUGUUUUGUUUUCCACUGAAAUUACUAAAAUAGUAUAAGAUUUCAUUUGUGUUGGGCUUAUUUUUCCCUUCGGUAAUUGUGCUCUAACUUAAAAUAAUGAUGCUACUGUCAAAGAAAUUUAAAGGAUUUAAAAAAAAUUUUAUUUUAUUUAUUUAUUUUCAGCUGCAUUGGAUCUUCGUUGCUGCACAUGGGCUUUCUCUAGUUGCGAGUCCCACUAUCUGAAGUGGAGGGGAGCAUGUGCGGGGGAUUCUUGGAAGGGCCUUAAAAACCUCUGCUGGCUUAUUGAUGCUUCACUGGCCUACUUGAGGAAUUCCACAAACAGCUAAACGAUUUGGGGGAAAGUGCGUUAACAUGGACAAAGGAUGCAACCAGGCGAGUGGCCCAUUCAAACUAUUAUUUUUUAAAUUGUCACCAAAGUGAUUAAAUGACACCAGCAAGUCACGGUAACUAACAAACCAUCUAACACAUGUCUUGGAUUAUCAAUUUCGUUUGUUCUUCCCUUCCCACCACACAUCCCUAUAUACAAGAUGGUGUGUGAUUUCUGUUUUUAGUUUGCCUUUCUGUGUCCUUCCAAAUUCUAGAUGUCAGUACUUCCUCUGGGUUUUAAAUGACCAUCAAUUGAAUGGGCAAAAAUUGGCAGUAAUCCAGAGAGAAAAUAAUCCAAAUUUAAAUCAGCUAGGAAUGUUAAUGUACUUGUAUAUUAAUGGCCAUCAAAAGAAUAAGCACUGGUGGAUUUUUUAAAAAUAAAAGUAAAUGGGUUCGGAUGAGGAUAGAGGGUCUAACCCAAUAGUUGUUGAUCUCGGUAGGCGAGGAUAUUCCUUAAAAAUGAGUUGUGAGCACUCAGUUUGGGAGGGAGGGGGAAAUGGGGUAUAACCACUGGCCAGGCAGGUGCAGUCUGGGAAGAACAAAUUAGGGCAAGCCUGAGCAUGUCUCUCCUAUUGUGUAGGAAAUAUGAAAUAAUAACAGCAGCUAACUUCUUAAAUAUCUAACAUGUAUUAUUUUAUCUGUAAUCCUCACCAUUGCUAAGUAUACUUAUUGCUCCCACUUUGCAGAUUAGGAAAACUGGGUCAGAAAGAAAUCAAUUAAAUUGCCCAAUGCCACAUUCAUCUAGUAAAGGGCAGGGCUGAGUUUCAAACCAGGCAGUCUGCCUCCCAGCCUGUGUUCUUACCCACAACACUGUAUACCCCCAGUCAUGGUGCAAGGCAGAUUAUGAGAACAUUUCAAGGGGAAGUGUGAUUAUCCCCUUUCCAAAUAAGCUUUAGUAAGGUUAAGCAAAGAUUUCACAGUUAGACAGUAAUUGGACAGGAAUCCCUUAUAUAUUUUUCCCUAUCUUUUAUAUUAACUUUUUUCAUUUGUAAUUCUCUUUCCAUUUGAUUUUAAUUAAAAAAAAAGUCACAAAAUGCUCUGUGAUCACUUUUAUCCAACUCUUCGAUCCUCUAAAAAUUGGUAUUAUUGUUUUCCCAUUUUAUAGGUGAGAAAAUAGAGGGCUAUUCAGAUAUUUCAUUCCUUCCAUUUGUUCGCUGAACCCUGUUGUGUGCCAAAUACAUAGGAUACUAAGGCAAAGAAUAUCAGGUGUAUCGAGGAUACACAGAAUAUUAGAAUUAACUGAGCAGAAAGUGCCAAACUGGAGCAGUUUUCAUAUUCCUUGUGCACCUACUACCGCAUUCUAUCGGUUUGCUUGAGAAAAGCAAUUUACAAAAACACCUCUUAGAGAAUCUCAAUGCAUAUGAGCAUAUUUAAGGCCUCCCCUAAAGUAAAUUGGGAUUUGAUUUAACUGAGCUUGCCCUCAACAUGGUAACAUCCUCUAGCACAAGCAUUCUGUGGAAUACAUUUCAGAAAAUAACGCACCCAACAGAGUAAAAUGCAGACUCUUUAGGAUGGCCUGCACAUCCCCCCCUUCAUAAAUUCUCCCAAGUAUUUUUCAGCCUCAUCUCUUGCAAUUGCAAACAUUUUUUUCUGUUUUGCAAUCUGCUGUUUUAAACAACACUUUCAUUAGGAUUUACAUAAUGACAAGUAAUUAUCACAUCCCCUGGAUAUAAACUUGAAUUUUAAAUGCCAAUUGUAAUCCUUCUCCAAAGAAAAAUGCAUGAAACAGACUUCAUUCUGUCAAUUCAAAGGGCAUCUGAGAUAAGUGUCAUCACACACCCAUCCAACAGAUGGAAAAACCAUGGAAGUGGAAGGGAAUUACAGAAGCAUCAGCAGACCUCAAACCAGAACACUCAACUCCCCUCAUCCCAAUCUUAACUCAAAUGUAUGAUUAUUGGUUUGAUAUUACAGACUCCAUAUCUGCAACCUCGAAUAUCUACAAAACUGGAGUGGGAAUAUUUUAAAAGAACUCUUACCAACCAAGGAUUGAAAUGAUAAUGCAAAUAGAAAGCAUUUGGCAUGGUAUGGGGAAUGCAAACACGGAAGCCUAAGAGAGCUAAUCAAAGAGCUCACUGUGAACUGCCCUAUUUUUUAUUCACUAUGGUCCUCCAGUAUGUGAUGCAUUCGUAGGAACAUGAAUCAUUUCAGUUAUAACCCACAUUCUGUUCCCCUCUAGAAGCAGGUCUUUCCCAAUUGAUUAUGCCUUGUCAUCACUCUACCUGGGUGGGAGCAGAGCUAUAAUGUAAUCUAUACGGCCAAUUCGAUGGGCCGCUUGUGAGAGUUGAUUGUCAAACUGGAUCUCUCAUGGGGCAAAUCAAUAUAUAUUUUGUCUCUCCUUCAACGAGAACUGGCAAAAAUAUAAUUUACGCAACCCAACUGAUUAUUCAUUAAUCUACAUGUAAAAAUAUAUUUUCUCCACACAAAACAUUUAUUCUUCUCUGGACAUUACCUCCAUAAAGAAAAGACAGAGGGUCACUGUCAUUAACAUGUAGCCAGUGUAACUGAAUGUUGAAUUCCAUGAAAAAUUUACAUUUAUAUUUAUGCUCGCCCAGAAGGGAAUUUGGCUGAAUGACAGGCAUUUCUCUAAUGAGCUAAUCAUACCACUUCCAUUAGAUUUUCUAUUAAUGUAUGUAGAUGGACACCAUUAGUAAAGGUUUGCUUUUCUAUUCUACUUAUUUACACAGAACCCUGGCAAUACUUAAGGCUCACUAAUGUGGACCCCAGUGGAAUUUCUCAGAUACUUUGAAUAUGUAUGUAAAAACUGUCCCAUUUUCUUUAGAUGUUCUCUUAAAUAUGUAUUAUGUAAAUAUACAUGUAUGUAUAUUCCUAGACAUCUAGUGUUUGCUGUCACUAGUGACCUUCUUAUGCACUUGUAAAAACGUUAAAUUAGCAAUUACAGUGGAAAUGUAUUUCAUUGAAUAGAUUUUGUUUUGGGGAAAUAUGAAGAGAAUUGUCAUAUAUUAUUGUGCCUCCUCUGGUGUUGACGUGUAUUUGUAUCAAAAGUGCAAAAAUCCUUUUCUUCUACAAUAUAGUUACUUCAGCUUUUCCCAGAUGAAGCUAGCAAUAGUUCUAAAAGGACAAGUUGAUGUAAAAUAUCGUGACGGUUGUACUAACUUGGAGGUAUUUUAUUUGCAUUAACCAAUAAUGUUUAGGAUCUUUUGUAAUAAGUAUUAUUAAAAAUAGUGUAAUUUGUACGCUUUUGAAAUGUAUAAGAUAGUUUAAGUUAUGUCUAAGUGUACUUUUAAAAAUGUUUCUAGAUGAACAAAAUUCUGCCUUUCAUCUUCACUCUUGAGUGUGACAAGACAGGUAUUACCCUCUUUCCAUUCACACAGGCACCUCUCCUUAGACUCAACAGAACUGGGCGAAUUUGUAUUUGGAUUCUGUUAGCUUUGUCUAAAAGAAACGAAGCUAGCCAUAUAAUAACAGAGUGUCAUUAAGGAGUUAAUAAAGGUAUAUUAUUGACUAAAGCAAAAAGACAUCUUUUAAGAUGAAUAAAGAUGUAUUAGACUAUCUGAAAGUGGGCGUGUGUGAAAAUACAGUACUAAUGGGGAAAGAGCAUCAUUUUUUAUGUUAUUGGAAUGCAAGCACUUUUAUUCUUUUUCCUGACCUGCUCCAUCUGCAGGCCGUCAGCUCAUUAUCAGAGUUGGGGGUGUGACGUAAAAGGGGAUUGAGGCCGGCCGGCACUGCUGUGGCUCCCACGCAGCUCAGCGGGGGCGCGUUUGAGCAGCAGAUGGUGCCCUGGCAUGUGCUGCCCUGACCACCUCCCAUCCCUUCAGCAUCUCCCCGAGCAAUGGAAGAAGCUACGGCAUCUCCCCAAGCAUCCGUGUGCUGAUGAAAACUGAUGAUGUGGGCUUGCUCCUUGGAGUUCACCGAUCAAGGGUUAAAAUGAAAACCACCUGUGACCAAUUAUCUAGCCAUCAGUUACUAGCCCGAACGUGGCUGCUUGGGAGACAAAAAUGAAAGGUACCGACGACAAAUGAAAUAUACUCUGUGCCCAUCUUUUGGCAAGAAUCAACGAAGCCUCCAUUCAUGCACUAGGCACUCGUUGGCAGAAAUCUCUCAAUUUAAAAACAUCACUAGUUCUUGUCUUUAGAAUCACUCCUUCCAUCUUUGUGCUCAUCUUGCAUUUUUGAAACAUCUAAGUGUAAAUUCAGCUUUAAAAGCUCUAUGCGUAACGGGUUUGUUAGCAGUUUUUAGAGUUUUCUCGAUGGUUGGAAUCAGAAGGAAAUCACCAGCUUCAGUGCCUGCUUUUUACUGUAUGCGUCACUCCCCGCCCAGUCCUCAGGGGCACGGCACAGAAGACAGUCCCCACGACGACGGUGUCCCUGUAAGCAGUCUCAGGGGGUGGGAAACUGCCAGAUGCUCGAGCUGCCAGGGACCCAAGCUGUCACUGACUCCAAGAAGGAGGGACUUGCCCCAGCCAAGAACCAGACCUGCCCUUCCCACCACACCACACUGUACUCCUUCAGGGGGUUUCGGCCCUUUGCAUCCAUCCAGGUCUUUGUCAUACUGCAGCCCCCAGCUCAGGUCCCAUCUUCAGGGAAAUCACCCCGAUCCCACUGCUUCACAUUGAUUUCAUCUUCACCAUCCUACAGCCCUGUGCAUUUAGGAUAACUGACAGCACUACUUUUCCAUAUUCACCUUUAGCAAUGAAAAAGC